UACCCUCCCUACGCGCCAGGACUCUGGCCAAUCACAACGCAGCAGACUUUAUUGUGCCAUUGGGUGCGAGUAAUUUUUCAGCUCACUGUUGAAGUGGGUGAAGUGGUUUUUUCAAGUGGAGUGCGCCAGAUAGAAGACAUUUCUUCAGAAGGGAGGAGUGACAACAGUUUCCGUUAACUUGAAGCUUCUACAUACUGUGUUUUGUAAUUAGAGACCAAUUUCAGUCCAUCAGAGGACUUUAUUUGGUAAGUUUAAGUUGCAGUAUUGAAUAUAAGAUAUUGACAAGAACAGGAGGCCAGUUUCAUACGAAUUGACAUCAGGUGUUCUUCGGGCACUUCGUGGACAGAAUGACUACCACCAUGGAGAAAUCCAAAAACUUUCGCAUUGAUGCGCUACUGGCGCACGACGUGGAGCAGAGGACUGAUGGUGCGUCCCCCGAGUUGUAUUACAACAGGAGCCCCAGCGACAGUCCGGUGUCGAACCGCGGCUCCGAGACGCCCUCUCCUCACCAAAACCCAACAAAUACCUCUCAGGUCCAGCCAGGACUUCUCUCUAAGCCACCCCUCUUCAACUUGUCCCAGUCAGGAUUCACUGCUGUGCACCAGGGGGGAUUCUUUGGAAUGCACCCGAGAUCCAUGUACCCUCUGGCGGCUCUUGGCGGUCAGCACCCCGCCUUCAUCUAUCCCGGCUUGACGCAGCUGGUCCAGCCAUACCCGGAGCAACUGAAGGGGUCCACGAUGGCCGGGGCGAUCCCGCUGGAGCCCUGGAUUAGAGCUGGAAUGAUGAUACCCAGACUCGGAGAGUAUGGAGGCCCAGCCCAGGCAGGUUUGUUGGGGAAGUGUCGGAGGCCCAGGACAGCUUUCACCAGCCAGCAGCUGCUGGAGUUAGAAAACCAGUUCAAGCUCAACAAAUACCUGUCUAGGCCUAAACGCUUUGAGGUGGCCACUGCACUCAUGCUGACCGAGACUCAGGUUAAGAUCUGGUUUCAGAACAGACGAAUGAAAUGGAAGAGAAGUCGCAAAGCCAAGGAACAAGCAACCUCCGCACUGACUGACACAGAAAGGACUGAGAUGGGUAUACACAGUGCCAAGCCUCAGGGUGACUCUCACAGCUCGAGCCUGGAGGAUGAAGAAGAAGGAGAGGAUGAAGAUGAAAAAGAGGAGAUAGAGGAUCUGAGAGCAGGUUCUUCAGGCUGUCUAGGCGUCAUGAGGCAUGCAGGAGGAGGAACAGGGAACUACAGCUCUUAUUUAGAGGAGGAGCUGGAAGAGGGAGGCCCAAGAACAAGAACUGGUGUUUUCCCAUAGUUAUAAAGUUCAGCAUGCUUUUAUUGUAUGUCUUUUUAUGUUUAUUGCUCUUGAGAAAACAAUGCACAAUGAAAUCAGGUAGACAAAUAAGGUGGCAUAAAGCGGAUCAUUCAUUUACCACAUCCAAAUAGUGCCAUAUCUGUAUCUGCAGCUCCCAAAUUAGCAAAGGGCUUGUUGACACCUGCACAUCGAGCUGGCUAUGAAAAAUUAUUACAUCGAACCAGGAUAAUGCCAGCUUUAUGUGUCUGGACAUUUGAUGGUUUAAUUGCCAGCAAUCCAUCUGAGUUAUUACUUCAGCACCCACAAAUAAUUCUGACUUAUAAUGGACAUUUAUAUGCAUGGUUUAUUUUUGAUUUAAGCAGUACAAACACAUUGAAAGUCAAUGUCCCUGCCCUGUGAUUUGCAAUAAACUAAUUUAUCUAUGAAUGUACAUGUACUUAAAAUUAUAUAAAUGGCACUUUGGUGGGAGGAUGAAGAAACAGAAAAAAUAACUUGGAGACUGAAUUUGUAAAGAGAGUAGUGUUACAUUGUUAUCGGUGCUUCCUGGUCUGUUACAAAUGCUGGACAAACAUUUCCACCAACAUGUGAAACCUGAAAUAUUUUUAGGAAGACACAAGUAAUGGAUUUAUAAUGACCCAGUAUAAGUUUUAGGGCAUUGUAAUAGAGUGGCAAGAAAAACACUACUAUGUUUAUUGUAGUACGUUUUGACUAUAUGGUCAUGAAUUUUAGUUGUGUAAUAUUCAACUGUUUGUUUUGUAUUAUCUUUUUGAAACUGCAUGUCAUAUACAGAUGAAGCCACACAGAAAGAAAUGGCUGCACAUACUAUAUGGUAUUUGGAAUGUGCUAUUAGUAUGACAUUUUCCCUGUAUUUUGUAAACCUUUUCUUAUAUUAAGUGUGUUGUUGUCAAUAUAAUUUAUAUAAUUUAAUAUAUUUCAAUUUAAAUGCAA